UUUCUAUGGUGAACCAGUCAAAGGAAAUUUAACACUUCUCCUGAAAAACACAUAUUCUGUCUUGCAAGAUAGAGAACUCCCGACAGUUGUCAGAAAAGUGAAUCAAAUCAAUGAAAAUACACCAAUCAUUAUAGAUAUGAAAAAUGAUCUUAAAAUUGAAAACAGUUUUGAAAAUACCGGAUCUUAUGUACUCUAUAAAUAUGAAGUUACCGCUACUGUAACCGAUGCAAUGACCGAACAACAAUCUGAAGCUAAAAUGGAAAUUUCAAUUCAUAGUCAACCAAAUAAAAUCAUACUCCAAGCUCCGAAAGUCUUUGAUCCUGAUACAAACAUUGAGUUUAAGGUUAAAGUUUCAAUAACAGACUUAGAUGAUAAGCCAAUUGAAGAUAAAGGAUCUCCAAUUAAAAUAAUAAUAGAAUGUAAUAGUGGCUCGGAACUUACAAGUUUGGGCUAUGAACCAGUGAAAACUGAAUUCACACAUCACAUUGGAAAAGAUCCAAGUAUAAAAUUAGAAAAUCGUAAUUUUUCAGAAUGUUCUUUGUAUGCUGAAUAUGAAGGUGUUAGAUCUCGAUCAGAAAUAAUCCAGAAAAAUGUAGACACCUUUUUUUUGGAUGUUUUAACAGAAAGUCCUGAAGUAGGUAAAAAACUUUUAAUGAAACUUAAAAGCUCUGAUCCGAUUGAUCAUUUUUCAUAUGAUAUUGUAUCAAGAGGCGAUAUAAUUCAAUCAACUCACGUAAAGGUACCAGAUAAUCAAAAAAUACAUAUUUUUGGUUUUGAUGUCACCUAUGCAAUGGUUCCAAAAAUUACAGUCUAUGUUCAUCGUGUUGAUAGUAGAAUCUUUGCUGGACAAAUAAAGGAUAUUUUUACAAAAAGAGCUUUUCAAAAUUCAAUCCAAAUAACCACCGAUGAAGAAGCAAAACCCGGAUCAUUAGUGAAUAUAAACGUGACAACUGACAAAAACUCCUAUGUUGGUUUAAUGGCACUAGAUCAUAGAAUAUUGCAAGGCAUUAACAGUUUAGAUGAUUUAACUGAAGAUCAUUUUUAUACAAAACUUCGAAAUUAUGAUGCUUCAAGUAUUGAUACAAGUUCAUUUCCAGGAAUUAAAGCAGGAUUGAUAACAUUUACAAAUGCUUUUACAAAACUUGGCACAAGAUUUGGAGAAGACGAUAUAAUCCCCAUAUUUGGAAUUCUACCACAAGAUCGAGAUGAAAAUCUGCCUGAACAAUUCGAUAAACCAAGUUUAGAAUUCCCACGUUUACGAAAACUUUUUUCAGAAAGUUGGUUAUAUAAGGAUUUUGAAAAUACCCCAGCAGGAGGUCUCAAUUUAAUGGAAACUGCUCCAGAUGCUAUAACAUCUUGGGCCAUUACUGGCUUCUCACUGAAUCCCACAACUGGAUUAACUCUAACAAAGAAAGCUACAAAUUUUAAAGUUUUUCAAGACUUUUUUGUAUCAAUUGAUUUACCAAACUCAGUUAAAGAAGGUGAAACCGUUGAGGUCCCCAUUUACAUCAGUAAUUAUAUGAAGAAAGACGCUAUGACUAAUGUGAUGAUCGAAAAACAUAGCGACAAUAUUGAGAUUUUUAAGACCCCUGAUACUGUUUUGAAGCCUAAAGAAGCUAUAUCAAAACUUGUACCUGCAGGUAAAAGAGAAAAGGUUUUAGUAUUUCUAAAGCCACUCAAGUCAGGAUUACAUAACGUAACUGUCAAAGCUUUGUCCCCCAUGGCAAGUGAUGCGAUUUUAAAGACCCUAAGUGUCAAAUCUGAUGGGGUCCCUUAUGAAAUCUCAAAAACCCACCUGAUUCAUUUACCCGAAGAAGGCUCUGAUGAAAAAGAAAUCACAAUUGAUAUUCCCCCAAAUGCUGUAGCGGGGUCUCAGAGUGUUGAACUUUCAAUAGCUGGUGAUGUAUUUAGACCUCUAUUGGCAAGCCUUCAAAAAAAUGCACGUGUUCCUUAUGGAAAUGGUGAAGACAAUAUGAGAUUUAUUAUCUCAAAUUCACUAGUUUUAGAAUACCAUAAGGUUCUCAAUCACACAUCACCAAGUUUAGAAAACAAAAUUAAACUUUAUUUAGAAAUUGGCUACCAAAAUCAACAAUGUUUCCAACAUUUAGACGGGUCUUUUGGACUUUUCGAUAAGAAAACUGAAAGAAGUGGUGAUAUUUGGCAAACAGCUUUUGCAUUGUGGGGCUUAAGGCAGUCGAAAAAAUUCAUAAAAAUUGAUUCGAAAGUCUUUGAAAGAGGCUUGAAGUACCUUAAAGAGAGGCAAGAAGAAAGUGGUGGUUUCACAUCGAGAGAGGGUAUUAAAAAAGAUCUUGAGUACACAGCUUUUAUUGUGAUUGUAUUUCUAAUGGAUAAUGAUUGGAGAACUGCUCAUAAUGAUGUUAUUUUUAAGGGUCUUAAUUAUUUGUACGAAAAGUCUAACAAUUUGGAACAAUCUUCAGUUUCGGUCUUGUCAACAUAUGUUUUACUUUUGGGAAGGCAUGAAAAAGCUAGAGAAAGAGUUAAACAGCUUACAAAAACUGCUUCUUUGAAAAACAAGAAAAUGCUUUGGGAAGGAGUAGAUACAGUUCAAUCACACCUCGAAACAACUGCUGAUUGUUUGAUGAAUCUUUUCGAAUCCAAUAAAAAAGUUCGACAGAACUUUCACAUUAUACAGGGCUUAAUAGCUUCAGACGAUGGCAAAACAUCUUUAACUCACAUGAUAGCUUUGCAUGCAAUGAUUAUACUCGUUGAUGGUCUAAACUUGAGUCGAACAAAUCUCAGUAUUUUAUAUAAAGAAGAAGAUCAAAGAAAAUUUGGUAAAUUUCAAGUGAAUUCGGAAAACUCACAAAUGAUACCAACUUUUAAGCUUUCGGAAAAAUCGCAAAAAAUCAAGUUUCAAAGCAAAGGAUAUGGUUUUGCUGUGGUAGAUGUCAAAUACAAAUAUAAUUUAGUAAAUGAUGUGGAAUCAUCAUCGAGUUAUGCAGCCAAUAUUACAAUUUUGAAAACUACGAAUUAUUUAACUGUUUUUAAGGUUUGCGCAAGUGAUUUUAGAAAUGAUGAUGAACACCAUUUGACGGUUAUGGAAGUUAAUCUGCAAUCUGGAUAUAUAUUUACGGAGAGAGCCACACCAGAUGUUGGUUUAACUUGGAAAUUUAAGUCGAUUAAAGUUGAUCCCAGCCAAGAUAAGGUGGUAGUGUAUAUUGAAAAUUUGAACAAGAUUGGAAAUUGUUUGAAUGUGGAAGCUUUGAAAAAGUACAAUGUGAUUAAUGCUAAGCCUGGAUGGUUGGUUCUUUAUGAUACUCAUAAAAGAGAUGAAAAAAUUGCCAAAAGCUUCAAACUAAAUGAGAGUUGAUCAACCAAGGAUAGAUGAAAAACUAGGUUGCUAAUUUUAAUAUGAAUUUAAUAUUUUUGUUUUAAUUACUAAUAUUAUUUUGUAUUAUGAAUGUAUUUAUUUGCAAAACAAAAAAUGAUAUCAUAUUUUAAUAA